AAUUUAUCAAUUUUGCACCGGACAAAUACAGCGGGAAAUUGAAUCGCAAUUUCGUAAAACAAUCUUUGUUAUAUUCAUAGUUUUUAUCGUUUAACUGCAUUCAACUGUCACCUUAUUUUAAAUAAAUAAAUCAUCCCCAGCGACUGCGUUGUUAAGCGUUGCUGCAGUUGUCACCAUGACGAUGCACAAGGAGCUACAGGCAGCCUGCAGCGCCCUCGGUUACCAGGAGGGAAGGCAGUAUGUGAAGGAACCAGAUUGUCUAGAGUCAGUGAAGGACUUGAUUCGCUUCCUGAAAAGUGAGGACGACACCUGUGACAUCCGACGACAGCUGGGGCAUGCUCAGAUCGUACAGAAUGACCUGAUCCCAAUUCUUGUCCAUUACACCGGCGACAAUACGCUCUGGGAAACGGUCGUCAGAUUGCUGGUAAACCUGACCCAGCCGGCCUUCCUGUGUUUCAAGAGUCACAUCCCUGAAGAGAAGACAUUGCGCAAUAAUUACUUGGAACUCGAGUCCCAUCUACAGACUAUGGAGGAGGCUUUCAUAAACGAAGAUGUGUUUGCGGCCAUUACAGGAAAACUUGGCGACCUGUUGAAGCUGGACUGGGAGCAUCGUCACGAAGAGCACAGUCUUCUCAUAGAGCGUCUGCUGAUACUGAUCAGAAACGUGCUGCACAUUCCCCCCAACCCAGACGCCGAGCAGAGAACUGAUGAUGAUGCCAGCGUUCAUGAUCAAGUGUUGUGCUGUGACCAAUGUGCUAGUGUUUGAUGGAGUGUAACCUCUCGACUGGUUCUCAAUGUCUGCAAGCAAAGUGUGCCCUAGAUGACUAUGGGAUAUGGAACCAGUCACCAUAGAAACACCCACUUCCUGUCUGUCGUACUUCGAGUCACGUGCAUUUCCUUGUGGAUCCUGUCAUCAAUAGUGGAUGCCAAAUAUGUGUGGAAUACAAGUGAGUUUAGAUUGAAAGUUACAUUAUUCAAGAGAAGUUGUGUUUAGCCAUUGCCUAGGUCUGAAACAAACAUGGGACCUGGUUAGGAUAUGUCUGACAUUGUUAAGAUGCAUUUGUGUGAUUAGCAAAGCCCAAUAAUUGUGUUCAUCUUGAUAUAUUUUAAACACUGGGCAUUUGGAAAGAUUCAUCUGCAAUUUUUAAUUGUAGUUAAAUAAUAUAGUCUACAAUUAUUAGGGCUCCAACACCACCAUUGAAUGUUCUAAUGUCCUUUUCCUUUUUAUGAAUUUGAGAUCGGAAGAUAUCAGCUCAAUACCAGCUUAUAAAUCAGAAUGUAGUGACCAACGCUGAAACGUGUGUUACAUUCUGCUGUUUCACAAUGCAAUAAAGAUUAUUUAGCCGACCUUUGAGAAAUAAUGCAUGCUAUAAAAUAUUCCAUGUCAAAAGUCUGAAGAUUUCAUUACUAUUAUUAAGUUUUGCUUCUAAAACUUUUGUCAAGAAUCGUUUUACCCAGGUAUGCAUUUUUUGUGACAGAGACCGUCAAAUGAUUUUUUUAAUAGUCUCCCUUGUUUAAACUGUGUUAUACAGAUAAUAGCAACCUUCUACUUUGUGUGAUCAGAACAAUUGCUAAUAUCUUUCUCUGAAGUCUUACAGCAGUCUUCCCAUAGACUUUGGGCAAUCAGGAAUGUAUAACAACACCUGACAAUGUUAUCCUUGAUAAAUAGCUGUUUGUUAUACACAAGGAAUGACACUGGUUGCCAUUCCAUAACACACACUCUAUCAGCUGUAGGAAAGUCUUGUAAAGAUAUUGACUGGUGAUUGCAACCAGAUGGUGACAGGAGCAUAAUUCAAUUUAGCCGCAUUUUGGGAAAACUGGGUUUAAUGCACGUGCAUGAAGUGUCUUCCCAGAUUAGUUUGUGUUGGCCCCACUAGC